GAUCAGCGAAUAGAGGUUGGAUCAGCAAAAUGCUACGUGUCUUCGAAGACCUUUUAAAUAACAGGGUGUUUUUUGACGAGGCACUCAAAAGUUUCUCACGUAAGCUUGACAAGCAACUUGUUUCUGUUCGAGUCCAGCGGAGCUGUCUGUGAUUAGAGUCUUGAGGGAGUUUUCUGCAGCGCAAGAUGUCUGGGGUGAAAAAGCUUCGAACCGACCUGAACCGAUCCACCAACGUGGUUUAUCAGGCCCACCAUGUCAGCAGGAACAAGAGGGGGCAGGUGGUCGGGACCAGGGGGGGCUUCAGGGGAUGCACCAUCUGGCUCACAGGUUUGUCAGGCGCUGGCAAGACCACCCUCAGCUUUGCACUGGAGGAGUUCCUGGUGUCGCAAGACAUCCCCAGCUACUCGCUGGACGGAGACAACAUCCGCCACGGCCUGAACCAGAACCUGGGCUUCUCCUCCGUGGACCGCGAGGAGAACAUCCGCCGCGUGGCCGAGGUCGCCAAGCUGUUCGCCGACGCCGGUCUGGUGUGCAUCACCAGCUUCAUCUCGCCCUUCGCUAAGGACCGGGAGGAAGCAAGGAAGAUUCACGCCGCUGCGGGCCUCCCGUUCUUUGAGAUCUUUGUGCACGCCUCUCUGGAGGUGUGUGAGGGCAGAGACGUGAAAGGACUCUACAAAAAGGCCCGGUCCGGAGAGAUCAAAGGCUUCACAGGGAUAGACUCUCUCUAUGAGAGUCCUGAAGCCUCAGAUUUGGUGCUGAAGACGGGGGAGCUCACGGUGAACGAGUGCAUCGAUCAGGUUCUAGAGUUGCUACGGGAACAGAACAUUGUGCCCAGUGGCAAACUCGAGGAGGUGAAUGACCUGUUUGUUCCUGAGAACAAGCUGAGCCUAGCUGUCGCUGAUGCUGCCAUACUUCCUACCAUCAGCAUUACCAAGCUGGACCUUGAGUGGGUGCAGGUCCUGUCCGAGGGAUGGGCGAGCCCCCUCAAAGGCUUCAUGAGAGAGAGAGAGUUCCUGCAAGUCCUGCACUUUGGCACUCUCCUGGAUGAUGUGGCCAUCAACCUGACCGUGCCCAUCGUCCUGCCUGUCAGCACGGAGACCAAGCAGAAGAUGGACGGCUGCGCGGCCAUAGCGCUGGUGUACCAAGGAGUCCGCAUCGCCAUCCUCCGAAAACCCGAGUUCUACGAACACCGCAAGGAGGAGCGCUGCGCCAGACAGUGGGGAACCAUAUGUCCGCAGCACCCCUACAUCAAGAUGGUGAUGGAGGGAGGUGAUUGGCUAGUGGGUGGUGACCUGGAGGUGCUGGAGCGAAUCAGAUGGAACGACGGACUGGACAAAUACCGCCUCACUCCACUGGAGCUCAAGCAGAAGUUCAAAGACAUGAAAGCCGACGCCAUCUUCGCCUUCCAGCUGCGGAACCCCGUCCACAACGGCCACGCCCUCCUGAUGCAGGACACUAAGCGACGGCUGCUGGAGCGCGGCUACAAGACACCCGUGCUGCUGCUGCACCCGCUGGGUGGCUGGACCAAGGACGACGACGUCCCGCUGGCCUGGCGCAUGAAGCAGCACGCCGCCGUGCUGGAGGACGGCGUGCUGGACCCGGCCAGCACCAUCGUGGCCAUCUUCCCCUCGCCCAUGAUGUACGCCGGGCCCACCGAGGUCCAGUGGCACUGUCGGGCGAGAAUGAUCGCCGGCGCCAACUUCUACAUCGUGGGCCGCGACCCGGCCGGCAUGCCCCAUCCGGAGACCAAGAAGGACCUGUACGAGCCCACCCACGGCAGCAAGGUGCUCACCAUGGCUCCCGGCCUCACCUCCGUGGAGAUCAUCCCCUUCAGGGUGGCCGCCUACAACCUGACCAAGAGGGCCAUGGACUUCUACGACAAGGAGCGCCAUGCAGAGUUUGAGUUCAUCUCUGGGACCAAGAUGAGGAAGAUGGCCAGGAGCGGGGAGAACCCUCCAGAUGGAUUUAUGUCCCCCAAGGCCUGGAAGAUCCUAACUGAAUACUACAGCUCUCUACAGAAGGAAUAGGAACCAAAUGCUACUUCAUAAGUACUAUUGGGAUUAUUUUGUUCUUAUUUUUACCCUUUAUACCCUGUAAUCAUAUGACAUUAUUUUUCUUUAUUAAUAUAAAAUAUAGGUAGACAUUUAGGUUAUAAUUUUAUAUAUAUAUAUUUAAACAUACACAGGGUUGAAAUCGGGCUGUUUCUGAAGACAUCUUUACUCCAUUUUAAUAUUUUAAUCAAAAGAACACAAGCAACUAACAUAUGGCUUUUAAAAGGUGUAACACAGCACUUAACACUUUUUUGCUGGGAAACUGUGAACUUCUAACUUACUUCCAUGAAGAUGAGGGAUAUGUGAUGAAAUUAUGACACAAAAGUAUAGUAUAAUUUCUAAUUAUUUGACUUCCUUUCAUUUUACAUUUAUUUUACUUUUCACCAUUGAUUUCUAUGAUAUUAACCUAAGUUAUUAUAUGCACCAUUUUAAAUGUUUAAUAUUUAUAUGAAGAAAUGUACUAACUACAACCAAUGUGCCUUCUCGGAUGAAAAAGAGCUAAACAUACUUUUGCAGUUGAUGAAUCCCCACAGAUAGAAAUAUUGAAAAUGAAUUUAUGUGAAGAAAAUGGUAUAUUUUUAUUGUUGUCAAUCAAUAUACACUGCCUCAUUUCUGGAAAAGCAUACUAGAGGUUAAUGUAUCAAGUGAUUGGCCACUAGUGCAGUAGUUUCAAAUAAAUGUUUACUUCAAUUAA